AUGAGAUUAUUAUUAUUAGCAUUAAUUUUAAGUUUUAUUGGCCUUUCAUAUGCCUGCAAAGGUAACUUCAACCCAUACACCACCACCAUUGGUCAAUGUGGUUCAACCGAUAGAACUGACUGGCUCCCAACUGACAAUGCCCCAGUCCUCACCCCAGCUAACCUCGACCCAGCUGAACUUGCUGUUCACGAAGCUCGUAUGGACCACAUCCUUGCCAUGGGUACUGCCUUAAAACGUAAAUUUGUUGCUUCUAUUUACCAUCAAAAUGGUACUUUAAUGUGCACUGGUGUCAACAUGGGUAAACCAAAUAUCAUUUCACAUGGUGAAAUCGUUGCCAUUAAUAACUGCACUGAACUCCACGGUAUUACUGUUUUCACAAACUACACUCUCUACACUACUGGUGAACCAUGUGCUAUGUGUGCUGGUGCUCUUGUUUGGGCUGAUUUCAAGACUGUUGUUUGGGGUACUUAUAACUCUGAUCUCCUCUGCAAAAUCUGUAUGUCAAACAUCCCAAUGGAUUCUGCUUACAUCUUUGGUCGUUCAUAUGGUUUAAGAUCAUCAUCCACUACUCUUAUUGGUGGUGUUCGUCGUGCUCAAGCUGAUGCCUUCUUUGGUUCAUACUGUUCAAACCCAAACUCUAUCUAUUACAUUCAACCAAAAUGUGCCUGCACUCCACAAUAA